UCAAAAAAAGAGCACAAAGCAUGCCCCAAUGCAAACCAAGAGCGCCAUCUAGUGGGAUCAGAAAAUACAGCAAAUGGUUCAUGAGGCUUCAUUUGGCCAUCACUACCUGGACCAGUGAAGUAACAUCGUGAGGAUUCUCUUUGACUUCUGUACUGCCUUACUUUCCGAAAAAGGAGCUCGAUGUGAUGCAGGCUAAACCAUGGCUCUCUGGAUCACAGAUUAACUCACAAACAGGCUGCACGGACACCCUAAGACAGCGACAGUACGGCCAUCUUCUAUGGUGAUUUUGUGGCUGCAGGGUGUAGGAGCCUGGUGGUAUGUUUUGAUGGAGUGGGUAAGAAGGACCAGAAGAGGCUUGAUGGUGGAAUGAUGAAGGAGCUGGUGGUGGACUGCAGGCGGAGCUGUGAGCUGCCGACUAGUCAGGAUCCUAGGAAAGAGCGUCGAAACAGUGUUACAGGUACCUCCUACACCAACGGCAGGCUGGAUCGGCACAAAAACAUUAAGCGAGUAACCAGGAAAGAGCAGAGGAAGCUGCUUUUCUGAAGCCCUUUGGUGCCACUAAAUAUUGAUCAGUCUGUCACAUUGAUCAGUUCUUUGUGCUGGGGGAUACAAGACGUAGGACAGGGAUUCUCCGAGAGUUUGGUCAAAGGUCCACGUCAGAUUUCUCUUCAAAGUCAGAGAUCCAGAACAAAUUUCAAUAAGAAAACAGCAUAUAAUGAACUUUAAUGAAUGAACAAUAACCUUCGAUACAGACAUUAAUAUAUAACAAUAAUGGGGACCUUUUAAUGUUCGCUCAUCGUUGUGAUUCUCUGUCAUGGGGGGGGGGGGGGUUGAUGAGUUAUGUGUGUGCGAAGGUUGGAGGUUCUACAUUGUAUUUUUGAACUUCAAACCACUUGAAGCCUCUUCACAUUAAUUUACAUGAACCAUUUUGAUUCAUAAGGACUAUUAUCGGUUGGGUCUGGACAAACUUGCAGUUCGGUCCACAUCCGGUCUGGACUUUGAGAACCCCUGAUGUAGGAGGAUAUUCAGCAGGCUGGACAAUCUUCUGGGGGGCACUAGCUCAGUCACGGGGCUGAGUCUGCACUCCAUGGUGGAGCUGAUGCAGAGAGACAUGGUGUCCAAGCUGAAUAAUCAAGCUUUGACUCAUCACUCUACUCUUUCAGCUGCACUGAAUUACCAACCUUCCAUUCUUGAAAGGGUGUGCUUCUGCAUGUUGAACCACCUGCACUGUACUUCACACUUUGUUCUCAUUUUUAUUAAUUUCUUGGGGGGGGGGGUAUUUUUAAUGCUGCUGCACAACAAAUAUUACCUCCUGCAGAGCAAUCAAUUAAAGUUGUCAUGUCAUUGUAUUCUUUCCUAUUACUGUUUCCAUGAUGUGCACCUUUGGCAUAGUAACUACUUUUUGUAAAUUAAAGUUGGAUUCAGUAAAUGCCAGCUUGUCAUUUUAGGCAGCCCUUGGAAAGACAUGAAAUCCAAUACGAGUUACUCUUAUCGUCUUUUCAUAAUGUCACUUUCUGUUAUUUGCUGUUUGUCUGUUACUCCGGGCAACCUCCGAGGCACAGAGAGGAAAUGAACAUUAGCCCAGGUGCUUAAUGCUAACCUCAGUCCAGAUGGGAUUAAGGCGACGUGUCCGUUUAGCGACUGGGAAACUCCCUUAGCGGAUGCAACGCUGCUGUAGUUCCGAAUGCGUCAGAUCCUUUAAAACAACUCUCCCGUGUUUGAAGUCCGUUCCUUGUCUUGGUGUGAUGUUUCAGGUGACGUACGGAUACAGUGUAAGAUGCCCGGAGCUAUGCGGCAACAAGAGUUCACAUAAAAUAUCAGACAGGUCAUAAUGCAACAAUCCAACAAUUAUCACGAUACUGUAAUGGUGGGACGCUGAGCCAUGCUCUCAAUAAUAAAUGUGGGCACGCACACAUACACACACACACCACGUACAACAAUAAACAUUAACCACUAUACAUGACAUAGCACACAGCACAUUUACAACGACACAAGCGAUUACUGCGAACUAUUUACAACUGGCAUCAGUCCAACAUACCGCGCUGUCUGCCAGUACCUCUGCGCUACAAUACAAUCAAUAAUUAUAUUAUCAAAUGAAGUCAUUCUUUACGUACUAAUUAUGCACGUACAUUCUGUAUUAAUAACCAGUCAUUUGUAAUAUAAUUAUUUGUAAUUUGUUAUGCAUUUGGUUUGAAUAGACAGACGGAACAGGUUACUUCGACAGUAAAGCAUCUUACCCUGCAGCGGCAGGAUUUGGCGUCAGACUUGGCAGGAUGUCGUGGGUGUGGUUCGGGCGACAAGACCUGACACUAUUACAGGCGAGUUAAACGUCUGCGAAAGAGAUAACCAGCAUUUCGCGGUACAACAGCAUCGUCCGGGUGAGGACCGCUGUGAACAGGCAGGAGGAGCUCAAUGAGCGUUACACAGAUUAAUUUUGACAUUAAAUCACUUUGCUAUAUCUGGGGGCAUAACAUUACAAACUGCAGUGCAAGCAGAGUUUAAGCCCUCAAGGUUAGCAUCACAUAUCAGCAACGUCAUGUGACAUAACCACCAUAACCAGCGUGAGGAGGUCACGUCUCACACCUGGACCUCACGGAGACCCGGGUUCAGACACCCUGAGCACUCUUCAGACUGCAGCAUGUCGUAGGAAUAGAGGUGUCGCAGAAUACGGGAAGCUCGUUUCCAUGCAAUGAUUCCGAUACGAAGAGGCCAUGUGCGGGAGCUCAAGGUCACUGCGCUUCCUACCCGUACAUAAUCCCAAUUAACACGCUCAGGCCCACGCAGGAAAAUCGUGGGACAUGAAUGCCUUGUCCACACGUACACGGGUAUAUUUUAAAACGGUGUUUUUCCUCCUCCGUUUUAAAAAAAAAUCCCCGUCCACACGAACAUUGUCUUCUAAAAAAUUUCCGUCCACAUGAAACCGCUGAAAUGCUCUUGUUCAAAUAUGAUAUCCUUGCUAACGCUACCAUUUUUUCCUGUUCAUUUCCCGUUUAAUUUAAAAAUUUUCAAAUAAAUCAGUAAGUAAUAUUUGUGUAUUAAUGCUAAACGACACAUGGAGAAUGGUAUUAAUAUGGUGUACAGAAUGGCAUGCACUAGGGCGUCAGUUACAUUAUCAGUUUGCUGUUCUUGCGCAGUUCUCUAAUGAAAAUUUUCACCUUAAGCUGGAAACAAACUAAAACACUCCCCAAAAAUGAAGAUAAAAGACUGGGUUUUUGUCGGGUUCUGAGACUAUUAUGCAUAUAGUGCCCUUUCACACCUCUUGACCCCGGCCUACAACUUAUGUUUCAUAAGUAAUCCGAGUGAUUACUGAGUGAUUACUGAGUGAUUACUGUACCGUAGAGCGCCUCAGUCAAAAGCCACUGUCAGCGAACACUUGCAGGCUAGGGCCCAAGAUGGGGGGGGGGACAAGCUGGCUGGCAUUUCAUCAGGAUGAGGCGUACGAUUGGAUAACUGGAUGCAGGGGAUUAGAGAGAGCGGGGUUUAUAAAAAGCAGAGACGCCGAAUAAUCUCCACCCGCUGUCCAGUGAGUCUCUGUCCUGCACCUCCAUCACUCGUCCUCAGGGGAGACAGGGGUUGCCUGGAAGACGUGGAUAAAGCAGAUCUCCCCCCCACACACACACUAAGCCGCGAAGAUGAACUGCCAGCCCCCCGCAGGAAGUGCUCUCGCCACUCCGGCCGGCCCUGGGGGGCCCUCCACACCCAAGAAGGGCCCCCCCAAGUUUAAGCAGAGGCAGACGCGCACAUUCAAGAGCAAAGCCCCCAAGCCGGGACAGAAAGGGUUUGGGGACGACAUCCCUGGCAUGGAGGGGCUCGGCACAGACAUCACCGUCGUCUGCCCCUGGGAGGCCUUCGGCGACAUGGAGCUCAGCGACCUCGCCAAAUACGGCAUCAUCUGAGCACCGCGGCCCCUCCCUCACCAUCUGCUCCGCUACGCCCCCUAGAGCCAGGCCCGGCUCCCGACCUCCAGCUCUCCUCCCUCCAGCCGUUACGCUCCCAUGUGUGUGUGUGUCCGGGUGUUUCCUGCAGCGUGACCCUUCCAUCUCCCGGCAACAGCGGCGCAGUAACCUUCAUAUAUAGCGCCCCAAACCUUGUGCUUGGCUUAUAGCAGUCGAGUAUCAGUAAAGCUUGUACUCACUCCUGCAUUGGUACUAUCUGCCGCACGGUCUUUGCCCUCAUCACAGCCUGGUUUUUCUGCGACUGUGAAUGUUAAGCGAUAUUUUUAAACACUGGAAUGUACUUGUGAAAUGACUGUACUUGUAAAUAAGGUGCAACACCUACUGAGUAGUAAUGAGGCAAACGGUACAAUUAUAAAUAAAAUUACCAUGUAAAAACACAGCAUAAUGGCCCUCGCCCCCCCUUCCCCCCUCCCGAUCAACUCUGUAAUAUAAAGCUUUUGCUCAUAUACUUUUUAUAGUGACGUCUGCUUAGCAUGGAUUACCAUUAGCACAUGUUCAAUAAAAUUCAAUUUUAAGUUCUUCAUCUUUCGAGUCUUUGGAAGGGUGUCCAAAUCUUGCAUUUGAACAAAAAUCUUUGCUUUCCAAACAUGUCA